UGUAGAUAAGCUGUUUAUAAAAAGUAAACGCAAAAUAUAUUUAAAACCUUACUUUAUUAAAGAAUAAACCAACCGCGUCUUAUUUCCUUCAUACCUUAUUAGCUGGCAGCACUGCUUUUAUUUAUAUUUUCUAACAAUGCCGCGCAAAAACAAGAAAGUUGUAAUAUCAUCAAUUACGACAAAAAGUAAAGAUAUUUCCUUAAAAUCACCUAUAAAAAGUCAAAAAACACACCAAAACCCGAGAACUUUACGCUCUUCAAACUCAAAUAUCAAUAUACAAGCAACAGGGAACUUAAUAGCUGAGCAGAUUACCCAAACCAAAACUGUGACUAGCAGACGCACCAGAAGUGGAAACAGGAAAACAAAUACAAUGGAGGCUGUCGGACCCACUGCUAGGAGGCGUAAAACCACUGAUGAAAAUAAGAAAAAUGCGGAGGAUGGUGACGAAAUACCUGAAAAAGUAGGCCGAUUAGAGACGAAUGGGUCGAAGGGAACAGAAAGUAGAGAGAAAAUUGAUGCUGAACUGGUAACCGCAAACGUACCAAUGGUUGUGGAUAAAGAUAAUGAAAGUAUGGAAGCAGUAAAAUGUAAUGCAGCUGUGGGACAGUCACCUGCAGUCGAAGACGUAAAUUCCAAGCCAAGUGAAAAUGUUCCAAACAGUAUUGAGAAAUCUCAAAAUGAGGCUACAGAGGCACAAACGCCCACUGAAACAACAACCAACAAAGAAAGCAAAACUACGCACAGGACAGACUCCAUAGACAAGCUGACCACGUUGUUCUCUAAUUUAUAUUUGAAUUCAGUGCAGCGGUUGUGUUUAGAGUUUCCGCCACGCUGCGCUGAGGAUUUGGUGUACUGUCGCAAACAACACUACCAACAACGUUUCAGUGAAAUGGUCAAACCAAGUGAAGCGCGGUUAAUGCAGCUGCGCUGUACAUUAAAGCAACAACGCUAUCUGUCAUUUCUGAAUCUCGCUUUGGAUAUGUGUCAGCGGCAUGAAUUUCCUGGCGAAGACACUUUCACCAACUUGAUCGAAUUAAUUUUGAGUCUCAAUCCGAAAGCUGGUGACGCGACAUGCAUACACUCAUACCACAAAUGUAUUGAGUUAUUUAACUAUAUGGUGCGUACAUUUCCACCUUGUUGGCGUGCAACGCACCCCGCUUAUAUUGGUUUUUUUCAACGGCCAUUGGACGCAGAAAAAUUGAGCAACAAAUCGAAAGGCAGCGACAAACGUUUGUCUAGAUCGAAGAAAGUUUUCGACAUAAUACUCGACUUAACCGAAAUCAUAAUUAAUGAAUGUAACACCGAGGAGUUAUCCAGGUCUGCUGAACCUAGCACACCAAGUGUGAAAAAUAAAGGAACUGCAGGAUCAGUUGUGCCAGAAACACCGGAGAGUGAACUCUAUGACCACCGCAAGUGGGAAGAGCGCGACACACACUUGAAUACAUUCACAGCGCUUAAACCGACAGUACGUUUGGAACGUUUAUUCAUUGUUUUGCGUUUAAUUUUGCAAAUACUCGAAAAUGACUUCGUCAUGUGGAUGUUGCAUCACUAUAGUAAGGAUAAAAAUUGGUUAUUCUAUAAUGACAGCCGACCGCUGGCGGUAUUUGUGUUUGGCAUAGCAGAGGAAGCUCAUUUGAGCGAUUUGGGACGACAGCUGUUCCUGCUAUUCGCAUUGGGUGUAAAUAAAGGACUUAAUAUUCACUAUUUGAAAAUACUAGAGCGCUAUAUCUCGCUGCUGAUGGUCAUUAGCAACACGGCUGACAUCGAACACACGGUUUUAGGCGUAAAAUAUCCACGUCUCGGCCCAAACACCAAACAGGCUAUAUACGAUUUCUUUCGAAAAUUUAAAGAUCGAAAUUUGAACUCUUCAAUUGGCAAUUACAUCAACGCCAUUGAUGUGCUACGCAUCCCAUAUGUACGCUACACAUUUAUCGAUCAAUUUUUGCAAAUGUUUGGCUUCUUGUAUGCCGAGGAAUUUUCGCCCGAAAAAGUGUUUAACUACAUACGCAAGAAACGUUGGCUAAAACAUAAGAAACAGGCCGAACUGCAAGCUGCCAUGGAGGAGGCUGGCGAAGUUGUAGAUGAAAUCUCUUGUGAGCAACAUCUCUCACUACUACUGGAAGCGCUAAAAGCAUACUGCAAAUGGCAUGCGUCGAAGGAAUUCAUGCAAAUCAUACUGAAUAAACGUAACGUAAGCAGUUUGAAGAUCACCGCACAUUCAGUACAUUAUACGCCCAUAGCCUAUGGUGGUCUUUUAAAUUUGGCCCGCAUGGAGAAUGAAAUACACACUUUGGAGAACAAGCUGCGUAAGACCGUGCGUGUGGCAAAGCCUUUGAUCGAUUUGAAACUCAUGGAUAUUUGCAUUGAUCAGGAUUUGCGUAUAAAAUAUCGCACCGAUUUGAAGUAUUUACACGCUUUGCAAAUCAAAGUGGCGGAGCAAAGUAUCGCACAUCCAGAAGUCGACUUCAGCGCUUGGCAGACGUACUUGCUUGACUUCAAAGUGGAUUAAUUUGUUUUGUUUUACAUAUAUAUUGAUUUUAAUGCUAUAUUGUCCAGUUAAGCAACUUUUUUUACUGUAGUUUAAUUGCUAAGUUUAAAAAUAUAAUAUAGAUUUCCUUAUAAGUUUACCUACCUUUUUGAUGAACUAUGCGCUGCCCAAAAAUAUAACUGUAUAUUUGUAACUUGUUCCUCGUAAAUUAUUGAACAAAAACAAAAAACACAUUUUUUUUUUGAUUUUAUGACAAUUUUUUGUACACUUUUUCUGCGCCUUAAAACAUACUAUUUACUUUAUUUGUAUUAUUUUGUUCAUCUUAUGAAUUUAUAUCGCUUACUAAUCAUAUAUUUAAUAAUUAUAACAUUUCUUUUGCUGCAUUUACUAUAUCUUGUAUUCAAUACAAUAUCUUAUAUAUUUGUUUCUUGGCUUAUUAUCAUUGGUAUAGUAUACAGAAUCAUUUUGUAGAGGCUACUUUUGAAUGUCGAACGAAAUCGAAGAUUUGUUAACACAAUUUUGUUUUUG